CCGGUGUGCUGGUGUUUUGGUUCGAUCUGGCAGCACAGUCGUGCCAUGUAACUGAAAAGAAGUGCGGUGCUUAAACUUAAUAUUAGAUUGUGAUUGCUCAGGAUUGUGAUAUGAAACGAUUAACGAAACGUCCAGCCAAAGAGUGUGCAAAGCUAUGUUCCAAACAGCCUUCAAGUACUACAAAUCGAGAAAUCCGCCACCUUCGUUCGAGGAUGUGCUGCUGAUCGGUAGCGACCAUCCAAACCUGAAGCCAGUUCGGGUAGACGACAUCGAUGGGCAAUGUUUCGCGGGCCUGCUGUCACCGAGCGAAUGGAAGGUGCACGAACUGACCGGCCGACCCGGCCUGCUCGUCGUGGCCAAUCCGUUCACUGCCGAGGCACAGCGGCAGUGGAUGACGCGUAGCUUGGCCGACUAUCCGAACCCGCCCAACACCACCAACCAGAGCGGUGUGGGCCAGCGGGCGCGGGAUGCUGUCGGCAGCUGGUGGGAGCAGCUGCAAACCAUACCGACCCCGGCCGAGCGGCGCACGUUCGCCAAAAGUUUGCGCUGGGCCACGCUGGGCUACCAGUACGACUGGACGAACAAGCUGUACGACGAGGCACGGCGCGAACCGUUCCCACCCGAGCUCGGUGCGCUGGUCCGGCACGUCGCGACCACCCUCGGUUACGAUCGCUUCUCGCCGGAGGCGGCCAUCGUGAACUACUAUCCGGCCGGGGCGACACUAGCCGGCCACACGGACCACUCGGAGGACGAUCAAACGGCGCCCCUGUUUUCGUUCAGCUUCGGCCAGCCGGCAGUGUUUCUGAUCGGCGGCACUAGCCGCGAGGAGCAACCGGACGCCCUGCUGCUGCGGAGCGGCGACAUUGUCGUUAUGACGGGGGCGAGCCGGCUCUGCUAUCAUGCGGUGCCGCGCGUUUGUAUCGACGCGGAGCUGCCCGAGGGCCUGGGCUGCAGUGCGGCACGGUGGGCAGUGUUGGGUGCGGAGCGGCAGGACGCGGUGCAGUGGGGCGCUGCCGUCGAGGAGUACAUGCGGCACAGUCGCAUCAACAUAAACGUUCGGCAAGUGUUGCGGGAAAACCAGCAGACGCUGCAGCGGUCCGGGUUGGGCUGAGCAGUGGGAGAGCUGUUAAAGUGUGUGUGUUAAAAUGCUAUAAAUGCAUUGGUAACCAGCCGAUCAAGUAGUAUCGAUUGCUUUAACGAUAAUCUCACACGCUUGCCGGAUGAUGUGAUGUGGCAAGACGAGCCAAUCGAUUAAGGGAUUCUUCAUAUAAGAAAGGUAGUUUUUACGCUACAGAGAGCUCAGAGGAGAUUAGGUUACAUCGGCGAGCAGGAAGAAAAUGCAAUUACUUGUUAACGUACAACUUCGGCAUUGUAUAUGCUUUACAAACAAGCCUCGUUAUAUCCUGGCUACACCUGACGAUGGAUCGAUUUAUCUCAAUCUGCUUUGAAAGAGCUGCAGCAGCAUACUCCAUUCUGCCUUCAUUGCAGCGUGUUAGCUUGUUGCUGAAAAUGCAGCAACAUUUCUUUCAUAUUGUGCACAUAAACCUGCUGAAGGCCCCGAUGCACUGUGGACACGCAGACCGGGAUAGAAAGAGGUAUUUUUGCUUUAAAUUACUAAUUACAGUAAGCAAGCCAAAACAUAAGGUUUCCUAAAACCCGUAACUUCGGAUCGAAAUUGUUUUUAAAUCGGUUAAAAAACUAGACGUAUGAAAUUAACCUCUUUAAACGACAAUAUUUCUGCCGCUACGGCUCUGAAUUCGCGAACCUUGAACCUGUAACCUUGAACCGCACCUGUAACACGGUGAAAAUAAUGCAUUAGAAACUGUUAGCAAAGCGUUAAACUAUCAGAAUGAUUCAAAUUAGGUUAAAUGCUAGCUUCAUUAGAAUAUACAACCUUUCUCCAAUAGAAAAUGUUAAAAUCUGCUAACAGCAUAUUUCCAUCCCAGCGUUUUUCAGGGUGCAAUGGUGGCCGAUGGUACAACGAUUCUUUUUUUCCUCUUUUUUUUUUGAAGUACUGCAGAGUCACUAAUCAGGUUAUUAGGUGCGUCUAUGCGUCGUUUGAAGCGAUACAAAGCAGGGUGAGCUCGGAAAUGGUUGAAUCUGAAACUGGUUUAUUACUGUUAGCAAAAAAUCGAGUAACAUUUUUCUUUUAAUUUUACCAUCAAACUGUCCAGCGUACGUGAUUUAUUUUUGAAUGUUUUUAUGUAUUAUUUUGUAAAAAAAAAAACAAAAUAAGCACAGUAACCCUGUACCAACCACUAAUAUCGUACGCUAGAGCGCUGGUUGCGGCUCUCGCUAACGGCCGAAUGCAUUCAACGCGUCCGAUGAAUUGUGCAAAUGUGCAACACCACCCCACAAAUGCACAAACGCGCGCGCGCUAAAAUAUUAAUGAAACAUUAUGCUAAUAGCAUCGGCGGGCGCCGAAAUGAUGGGAUUAUCAUUGCUCGGGCGGAAGCACCUCGUUGCAGGAGUUCGUGCCGCCGGAAGCUAAUAAUGGCAUAAUUGCAAAGGAGCGGCGGAAUGGAGAGCAAAAUAGGAUUUGCUGCGAAUUAAUAAAAUUAGGAAAAUUUUCCGGACAUCUUUAUUGGGGGCCAAGAGAAAAUAGAAAAUAGAUACGGUUUUGCAAUGCAAGGGUUUGCAAGCUCUUUCCUUUUAGAUGAAAACAGAGAUGCGGUCGAUUGUACAUACAUGACAAAUCGAUUCCAAGAUCUGUUUUCAAUGACAAACAGUUUAACAUAUUUUUUUUUUAUAUUUGAAGUUGAUUUGAGGAAAUGAGAUCAUUUCAUACUCAUUUAGCUAACACUUUGCGUUAGACUUGCACGGCUUCAAAGAGGCUAACAGAAAACUCAUAAAAAUUGGCCCAGUGAUCCAUCUCGUUUAAGUAAUGGGCGAAGGACUACUAAGGGGUCAUCCAGAGCUUACGUAACGCUUACCAUAACGUGUAGCGCUGAAAGGUAGCGACUCACCUUUAAAGAUUUCAAUUUAAGAUUUGCAAUUCAACAAAACAUCAAAGGGCGAAGGGGUUAUCCAAAGCUUACGUAACGUUAGCAAUUAAAUGUAACACAAGAAUCAACUUCUUUCUAACUCAAACUCGCUAGAAGGGAUCGUAAUGGGGGUUGUCCUUAAGUUACGUAAUACCAAUAAUGCAAUGCAAUGCAACCCGUGGCGAUCCUGUGGCACAAAGUCGUGAGCACAAGCCUCGUAUGGACCGUCCCCUCGUGGCAUGGCCUCUCGAAGGCAAGAUAAAAGCGUGACAUUUAAAAACUCUCCAAAGCUUGUAUACGCCGGCAUGAUCGCGUAGGUCGCUAAGCCAAAACAAAAAGAAGGAUGUAUUGUAACACACAUUCCCUCCCCGUAAAACCGUACCAUAAAUGCUUCCCCGCAGUGGCUCCGACGAACUUAAGAUUUGCAAGAUAAAAUCUAGCCUACCAAGACGCAUAGAAGUUCGUACUUUGUUUUGGGCAAGCUUUAGCUUCCCUUACAGAUCGAGAGGGCUCCAUGCUGGGAGUGAGAGGGUGCAGACCGCUCGGAAGUGUCUCCGACUCUGCCCCCAUCGUGCCCGUGUCGAUAGUAAGCUGAUCGUGAUAAAUUAGACGCAGGCAGCCGGCCACGAACUACGCCUUCAAUUAAUGAAUUAUG